AUGAGAGUUGAGCUGUUUGAACUACGUUUUAACAACACCAAUUCAAUUUAUAUAGCUGGACAGGUGAUUAGUGGAAGUGUGGUGAUAAAGUUAGCUAAAGAAACAUGGAUUAAUAAUAUCAGCAUAAAAUUUCAUGGGCGAGCUAAAUCCAAGUGGGUUGUGCCAAAUGGUGAUACAUCAAAACGGUACCAAGCAACAGAGGUGUACAUUGACAGUGAAUAUCAGCUCUUUAAAUGCAGAGACCAGAACGACAUUCAGCCACCAGGCAUGCAUGUGUAUCCGUUCGAUUUCACCCUCCCACCAGAAGUUCCCUCCUCAUUUGAAGGCAGAAGAGGGUUUGUACGCUACCAGUGUAUUGUAACCAUGGACCGUGGGUGGAAGGGUGUCAUCCAGAUAGAGCAGGAUUUGACAGUCAUUAGACAUCUGGACUUGUCUGCUGUACCGGGAGCUGGGAUACCACAAGACCUUGAAGGAGAGGAGAUGUACGAGGGCUGUUGUUGUGAUUCAGGAAAUGUACGGGCACGUCUUCGAUUACAGAAGAGUGGCUUUGUGUCCGGAGAGCCCUUGUACUAUGAUAUGGUAAUCCAUAACAAAGCUACGUCUACUAUAUGUGGGGUAGUCCUGUCACUGAUUCAGACAGUACGAUACACAGGGUACAGUGACAGCCUCUUCUCCUCUGGCAACCCAAAAUAUCACGACAAGGUGAGCAACUGGGUACUCUUUCAAAGUGAAGAUGGAAUCGGUGCCGGCAGAAGUGGAUACUUCAACAGUUAUUGUAUCAUCCCUGCAGUGGCUCCAUCUCUCUUGGAAGGCUGCGGUAUCAUCGACAUCAUGUAUGAAAUUCAUCUUGAAGUUCCAGUUGGUUGGCGAACAGUUCAGCUUGGCUGCAACAUCUUUAUUGGAACCAUUCCUCUGAGGCACUCGGGUCCUUUACCAUUUCGAGAACCAGGUGCCAUCGCUGGAUUAGGCGAUGGAGACAUAACGGCAGGAGAUCUGGAUUUGUGUGUCCCACCAUCUCGACAGUAUUGUGACUUUCCCCCUUCUUAUGAGGAAUGUGUAUUUGGCCGAAUGGAAUCCCAGGAAGAUGGAGAUGGACUAGAUGAUGAUGAUGACGACAACAACCCAGAUGGUCGUGCACAUAGUCAGAAUCACACAGUGCCUGCAACUUCCGCUGCCAUGCGGCGAAGUCAGUUUCGCCGCCUUCCGAGCUAUCCGUAUUACAGCACUGAUCAUUUUACAUCAGGGGGAGACUACUUGCCUGGUUGGCAUGACGAGAAUCAGCAAGAGGUCUGCCCCAACCCCUCACCACCACCACCUCCACCACCACCUCCACCACUACCUCCACCACCACCAGCAACAAAUUUAGGUUACACCUUUGUGCCGGUAACAGAACAGCCUACAGUCUCGGCAGGACUGUCUCCUCCGAGCUAUGAGUCCUUGCAUCUUCAGCAUUAA